AUGGUAAACGAAGAUCCACCCUUGCUCUUGGCUGAUAACAUGGAAGAACACCAAUGGCUGGCCUAUGUGAUCGCUGUCGGUUUCAUCAUUUAUCUCAUUGUUGUCAUCAUUGGAUUACCGGCUAAUCUCUUCGUUUUGGUCAAGAUGCUCAGAUUGAAAAGGAGAAAACCGGAUGUGUUUCGCUGUGGCACGGGCGCUUGUUUAUUGGUGAUGGCGGUGGCUGAUCUUUGUUCUUUAAUUGCAAUCAUUUCAUUGGGUCAUGUCUCUUCAUCAUUCGCCAUUCCGAUGCCAGAUUUCAUCGCUCAAACCGGCUAUGAAGUCUACUUGUGCAAGAUUACAAUCUUCACGAUGGGUACAGCAACGUCAGUGGCCAUUUGGUCGUGGCUUUUGAUGUCGAUUUUAAGAUGGCUAGCCUUAUACCAUCCCCUCCUUCACCGUACUCUUUACGAUUUCCCGGUGCGUCUUUUGUCUCUAAUUCUUUUCAUCGCUUCACUCACCAAUUGCUGGCUGCUCGUCACCGUCGAGUACCGGGUUGGAGCUCGCUCCUUUUGCACGCAAACACCUCUUUUCGGAAACGAGACGUUGACAAGGAUACUUCUUUUGAUCGAAAUUGGAUGGUCCUUCGUGAUCCCAAUUUUCGUGGUCGCCUAUCUCGACACGGCCGCUCUCUUGAGCAUUCCAAAAUUAUUAAGGGCUAGUUCAAUGCUAAAAUCAGUGAAUCCGCCGAAGAUCCAUAUUGAGGACAACUUUCAGAGGAAAUGUAAAAGAACCCUCGCCCGCUGGCUGCUGAUCGCUUUGGUGGACAUUUUGUUGAACGCUCCCGUGAAUAUUCUUCGGUUGAUGACAAUUCUUGGAUAUGUUUCAAAGGAUGAUGUCAUCAGUCCGGCUUAUGUUGUUUUCAAGACCGUUUCGGAUAUUCUCUACUACUCUCAAUACAGCUUCAACGCUCUCUAUUUGGCACUUUUCAUCUACGACAAAACGAUCAGCGAUAAGAAAGCGUUGCCGAGCACGGCUUAUGCUCCUCGAGAUCAUCGCAGUCGAAAGAGUACAAAUCCCGAGAGUCAGAACAGUUCGGAUCCGGAUCGAGAGCCAUUACAAAGCUUA